UCUGUCUGCCUACUUCUUGGUCUAUUGUAUUCCCUUAUAAGCCAAGCACCAGUUCUCCAAUUGCCAGGAGUAGUUUUUGUUGAAUACCCGUCUUAGAGGAAGUGCUAAAAAUGUAUCCGGAACAUGGUUUUCUGUUGUUUCGCUCACCUUUGUUGAGCUUUGAAGCAUUUCUCUGGGCUGUUUUAUUGGUUGGAAUCGUUGCCUUGUGGCUUUCUCCUGGAGGGCUUGCAUGGGCUCGUUUCAGGUCCAAGGCGAGUUUCGCAAUCCCUGGUCCGCUGGGGUUCCCUCUCCUUGGGUUACUUACUGUGUUCACUGGCUCGUGUCCUCACCGAGUCCUUGCUAAACUUGCUAAAACCCUCAACGCAGUGAAGUUGAUGGCUUUCUCUGUGGGAUUCACUAGGUUUAUUAUUUGCAGUCAUCCUGAAACAGCGAGAGAUAUUCUUAACAACUCAGCAUUUGCUGAUAGGCCAGUGAAGGAGUCAGCGUAUGAGCUUUUGUUUCACAGGGCAAUGGGCUUCGCUCCUUAUGGGGAAUAUUGGAGGAAUUUGAGGCGAAUCUCAGCUACCCAUUUGUUUAGUCCCAAGAGAAUUGCUGGCUUUGAAGGGCUAAGGCGUGAGAUUGGUGUAAAGAUGGUCGAAGAGAUAAAGGCUUUAAUGGAAGCGAAAGGUGAGGUUCUGAUAAAAAAGGUUCUUCAUUUCGGAUCGUUGAACAAUGUCAUGGUGACUGUGUUUGGUAAAACAUACGACUUCGAGAAGACUAGAGAAGGGUUCGAACUUGAGGAGCUUGUGAGUGAAGGAUACAAGUUGUUGGGGAUAUUCAAUUGGAGUGAUCAUUUUCCUCUUCUGUGCUGGUUAGAUUUACAAGGUGUAAGGAAAAGAUGUAGAAAUUUGGUUUCAAAAGUUAACGUGUUUGUUGGGAAGAUAAUAGAAGAGCAUAGACUGAAAAGGGCUAAGGGGAAUUGAGAUGAUUGUAGUGAAGUUGGGGACUUUGUGGAUGUGUUGCUUGAUUUGGAAAAACAUGAAAAACUUAAUGACUCCGAUAUGAUCGCUGUUUUAUGGGAGAUGAUAUUCAGGGGUACUGAUACUGUGGCUAUCCUGCUAGAAUGGAUUCUAGCGAGAAUGGUUUUGCACCCAGAAAUCCAAGCAAAGGCUCAAGCUGAGAUUGAUACUGUUGUUGGAAAUUCAAAGCAGGUGUCGGACUCGGAUAUUGUAAAUCUUCCCUUUGUUCAAGGCAUUGUGAAGGAGACUCUUAGAGUGCAUCCACCAGGGCCUCUUCUCUCAUGGGCUCGUCUUGCCAUCCACGAUAUUCAUGUAGGUGAUAAUUUUAUUCCUGCAAAUACAACAGCAAUGGUGAACAUGUGGGCAAUAACACAUGAUGAAAAGGUGUGGGCGCAGCCAGAAAAGUUCAAGCCAGAGCGUUUCAUGGAAGAAGAUGUGAAUAUCAUGGGGUCGGAUCUCAGGCUGGCUCCUUUCGGUUCUGGUAGGAGGGUUUGCCCGGGUAAAGCCAUGGGUAUGGCGACUGUUUGUCUUUGGUUGGCUCAGUUACUUCGAGAAUUCAAAUGGGUUCCUUGUGAGAAUGGGGAUGUGGACCUGACUGAACAUUUGAAACUUUCCAUGGAGAUGAAGAACCCUCUGAUAUGCAGGGCAAUACCUAGGUUUACUUGAAUAGCUGGUUGGACUUUGACAUGGUUCUUCUAUGGUUUUGCUUUCAUGACGGAAUGAAUGCAUUUAGGAACCUAGGGUUUCUUUGGGUUUUUUAGCUUUUCCUGUGAAGCCUGUAAUAAGUUUUUGUUGAAGCUGACUUGAGAAAAAAAAGGUAAGUGGUAGGAUUUUGGGUGGUUCUCGUUUGCAGAAUAUAAGUAGUGGGGAAGCAUUCCUAGCCAGCAUAUUAUCUUUUGUGAGAUGUUGUCAGGACAUAAGUCUAGCUAGGCUUGGCUUUUAUGUACUGUGAAAACUAUAUGAAUGAA